UUGAGAUGUAAUUUCCGAGAAAAAUCGGUAAAUUUUCGUAUGACCGCAAGACUUUUACAGCCUCCAUGGAUUCCCCAAAUUUACGGAAAGAAAUAAUAAAAAUUAAUAAAAAAAUACCUACAUUACUGUACCCUGCAUUUUUAAAAAUUGUUGUAUUUAGUUUGCAAAAUAAAGUAGCAAUUCCUAUUUAGGGGUGGUAAUUCAUUUAGACGUCGUGACGCUUCCUUAUAUUUUUACAAACUAACAAAUACUGCACCGCACUAAUCAGUACAACCUACUCGAACAAACAUUCCGAAAAUGACAGUUGACAGUGACAGAUAGGAGAUUCGAUUUGUGGUUAUGUGUAUUAUUAUAAUGAAGGGAAAUUAUCCGCCUUUCUUCGACGAAAUAGCGAUGAUAUUGUAAUUUCAUUAUGCUUUAAUUUUCCUGGUUACAUUACAACAAUCAUGUACGAGUCACCGGAGAGCUUGGAGGAGCUGUGUUUGGAGGUAGUCAGUGAAAAUAUACUCACUUACAUCGAACCCCUUGAAGUUAAAGGCAACGCGGACGAUAGCAAUUCAGAGGACAGCGAUACGUGGGAUGGUAUCGAGCUGAAGUACAAGUUCAAAGAUCCGGAGAUAUUUCUCAUAAAAGAAAUAUCGGAGAAGCUCCUAGAGAAAUUCGUAGACAAAAGACUCCUGUGCGAUCCCAUACUGAAUAUAUUCACGCAGGAGAACACGAAACUAAAAAAUUUCCUAAUUAGAAAUAGCCGAAUAACGAAGAACGGACUGCAAAUUUUAAAACAGCAUAAAAUAGUUAGUUUAGAAUGCGUGAAUAUGAAGAAAAUAGGGAUCGGUGAUAUUUUAGAUUGCCUCAACGAAUGGUCGAUAGAAAAUUUAGUGAGCGUAAACUUCGCCAAGUGCAGCUUCAUCGACAGAACUAGGUACAAUUUCAUGGUGAGAAUAACCCAUUUGGCGAACCUGCGCAGCCUAAACUUGGCCUACACGGAAUUGAAUCAAAACGUGUUCGAGUACCUCUGCGAGGAUUUGAAACAUUUAGAGACGCUGGACGUUUCCGGUACUCAAAUCGUCGAUCUGAGACCGCUCGCUACACGGGCACCUACCUUAAUCAGCCUAUCGAUAUCCGAUUUAUCUUCGGCCGAGUACAUUCCGCAAACGUUGGAGAACUUGAAGCGCCUGCGCUAUUUGGACGUCAGUUUCUUCAUGGAUAAAAUCGACAACAGCCCGAGCCAUCAGAACGUGCUCGCCCUGUUGGAGGAUCCCAACGCGCUGACGGAGCUCGUUCUGUUGGAUUUGUCCGGCUGGAAGGAGUACGUCGACAAGGGGUUUCUAAUGAAGCUCAUCGAGACCCAUCCCAAGCUGCGCGUGCUCGGCAUCGUUCUUUGUUCGGCGACGUUCGAUCCCGCCUUCACCGAUAGGAAUCUGAUCGUCGCCAGCCUGGGCAACGAGGAGCAGAUUAAGGUCACGCUGUUGAGAUAUAAGGAUAAGGCUACGUACGUCCAAAAGGCCUUGUACCAUUUGUUCCAAUUGACCAGCACGUUUCACGAGGCCCAGCCGGACAUGUUCAAUCUCGUCCUGCCCGUUAUGGAGGCGCACAGUAACAUAUUCGGCGUACAACUGGCCGCUACGGCUUGUCUCUACAAUUUAACGAGAGGUGAAUUGUCGAAGAACAUCCAUCCUAAAGCUCUAAGUAGAGGAGUGCGUUUGACGUUGCACGCCAUGGAAUACUUCCCGGAGGAGUUUCAAUUGCAGAAAAACGCGUUGUUGACGCUCUGCAGCGACAGGAUACUCCAGGAUAUUAAUUUCGAUAAAUUCAGAUGCGCGAAAUUGGUGUUGGACGCUCUAUGUCAAUUCGAGGACGUCAAUAUGGAUCGAAUGGCCGUCGCGAUUUGCAGUAUUUUAGCCGCGAAGGUCUCCACGGACGAGACUUCGAAGCUGGGCGCCCGGCCGGAGUACAUGCGCAAAUUACUGGCGAUGGUGCGACGCCGGGCGGACACCAACGUGGUGGACAUUACGUUGAAAUUCACGCUGAGCGCCCUGUGGAAUUUGACCGACGAGAGCGCCGCCACUUGCAAGGUGUUCCUCGAGAACGAGGGCGAGGAAUUGUUUUUGAAAGCGCUGAAAAUAUUUAAGGAUAAUUCGGCCAUCGAAACGAAAAUUCUGGGUUUGUUGAAUAAUAUCGCCGAGGUGUCGUCGUUGAGGAAGAGCCUGUUGAUCGACAGCCUGAUGGUCGAAUUGCGCACGCUCCUGCAAUCGGAUAACAUCGAUGUGAGUUAUUUCGCGGCGGGAAUAGUGGCCCAUUUGGCGUCGGACGGGCCUGAUAAAUGGGAAUUGAAAAAUCACACUAGAUCGUCGAUGUUGGAGGCUUUGAAGAACGCGGUUUCGAAUUGGAAGGUGCCCGAAAGCGAAAUGGUGGCCUAUAGGAGUUUCAAGCCGUUUUUCCCUCUGCUGAAAACCGAUAUGGACUAUCAGGUGCAAUUGUGGGCGGUGUGGGCGAUUCAUCACGUUUGCACCAAAAAUCCUAAAAGAUAUUGUCGAAUGCUUCGCGACGAAUCGGGCCAUAAUUUGCUUAGCGAACUUUUGGAUUACGAUGGAUCUCAUUCGGACAUUAAAAGGUUUUGUACGUUAAUAUUGGGCACUAUCGAGGUUAGUGUUUAAAACGUUUUGUUUUUAACGAGGAAAUUGGGCGAUAAUUCGUUAUGUUGAAUGUUGGAUAUCCAAUGCUUGUGAAAUAGGCGCAGUUUUCUUUGAUGAAAAUCUCUUACUGAUUGAGUUUUGAAUUAAAAUCUUAUAUAUAAAAAAUUUUCCUAUCGGAUCUUUUGCUAUUAUACAAUAAUAUAUUUAAUUUUAUUUAUUAAAUUACUGUUGAAGUAUUUUUGUUACGUUUUAAUGUUUUCGAAGGUUUAAAUUGUGCCAAUUUCUGAAUCUAUUUGUUGUACAUUUGUUAAUUAAGUAGUUAAAUUUUGUGUAUAUUAUAUUAAAAACUAAGAUAGCUGUAAUCGACAUAUUAUACAGAGGCUAGUCAGAAUAAACUAUUAUAA